AUCACAUUCGUAUUCCCUAAUGCUCAGCUUACAACUCAAAAACAUUUAGAGAACACACAUACACACACACAGACUACUGUCCAUGGCAUCCACAUAUACAGCAACUCAUCCGGAACCCGUGAAGGAGGCGCCACCGCCGGAGAUGAGAGCCCCGGCGGAGAAACCACUUAGUGGUUUGUUUGGCUUGGGCGAUGUGGUGCUGAGAUUUUUGCUGUCUGCUUCAGCUCUGGUGGCUGUUAUACUGCUGGUCACAAGCAACCAAACAAAACUUAUUCCGAUACCGGCUCCUCCUUACCUCAUUUCUCGAACAGCCAAGUUCACUCAAGCACCAGCUUUAAUAUAUUUUAUAGCAGCAAUCUCAGUUGCAGGGUUUUAUGGAGUUAUAAGCACCCUCAUAUCCCUGUAUGCCCUCCUCAGGCCUGGCUCUUUUCCAAGAGUGCUGUCUCAUUUUGUCAUUUUUGAUGUGCUGUUGUUAGGGAUUGUGGCUGCUGCAGUAGGAGCAGCAGGUGCAAUUGGAUACACAGGUUUGAAAGGCAAUUCCCACGUCCAAUGGGCUAAGAUCUGCAACGUAUACGACUACUUCUGCCGGAACAUUUCGGCUUCCAUUUCCGUCGCCCUGUUUGGAUCCAUCGUCCUCACUUUGCUGAUUUUGCUAUCCGUUUACGCUCUGUCUAAGAGGAUCCCAAAGCAAAUUCACUGAACGUGUCAACUUUCAAUUUUACCCCUCAUUUCGUAAAACGAAAAAAAUAAAAUUUACCCCUUGUGUCGCUGGAUGUAUUUGUAAUGUUUUUAUUUUGAAAAUGGAUGGUCUCUAUAGGA